AUGGCGCAGACAAAACACUUCUUCUCAGACCCCACCCAUCUGGUUCACACGGCGCUCAAUUCGCUGACGCUCACUAACCCGUCACUCGCGUUCGACCGCGAGAAUAAGAUCAUCUUCCGUCGUCCCGAUGUCGUGAGGAAGGGGAAAGUCGCCAUCAUAUCGGGUGGAGGGUCUGGUCACGAACCCGCGUUCGCGGGGUUCGUCGGCCAGGGUCUCCUGGAUGCAUCGGCGGCAGGCACCAUCUUUGCGUCUCCGAACGCAGAGCAGAUUCGUAUCGCUGCAAUGGAGCGUGUUAACAAUGAACAAGGAGUGCUCAUCAUUCCUAUGAACUACACCGGCGACGUCCUCAAUUUCGGUAUGGCCGCGGAGAAGUCGCGCGCUGCCGGAAUCAAGACCGAGUUCUUCGCCAUCAAUGACGAUGCCGGUGUUGGCAAAACCAAGGGCGGCAAGGUUGGUCGCCGCGGUAUUGGAGGCGGUGUCCUGAUCCUGAAGAUCGUCGGCGCGCUGGCAGAGGCUGGUGGCUCGCUUGAAGAGGUCUACAAGACCGCUCAGUUGGCAAAUGAGAAUCUUGCCUCGGUCGGCUCAUCAUUGGAGCACGUCCAUGUUCCUGGUCGAGAGCCAUCGGAUGACCACAUCCCAGAGGGCGAGGUUGAGAUCGGCAUGGGUAUCCAUAACGAGCCAGGAUCUACCCGCACCAAGACUACUCUCGUCGAUCUAGUUGCGACGAUGCUCCUCCAGAUCCUGGACCACAACGACCCUGACCGAUCAUAUAUCACGCAUUCGCCAGGGGACAAAUUUGUGCUGCUGGUUAACAACCUUGGUGGGCUCAGCACUCUCGAGCUGUCCGGUAUCACCGAUGAGGUCUACCGCCAGCUCGGUAAAUCGUAUCAGAUCAAGCCCGAGCGAGUUAUCCAGGGCACCUUCCUCACCAGUCUGAAUGGACUCGGGUUCAGCAUCUCACUGCUCAAGCUGGCAGACACCGGGCUGGGCCCCGGCAAGUCGUUCCUUGAGCUCCUCGACGCUCCCGCUGAGGCGGUCGGCUGGUCCGCGCCUAUCAAGCCUGCGACGUGGGAAUACCGCAAUGCCCCCGGAAUUGAAGUCAAGAGAGCCAAGCCAGCCGAGCAGCCUCCCAGCAACGUCAAGCUGGAUAUCGCAAAGGUUCGCAAAGUCCUCGGGGCCGCUCUUAAGCGCAUGAUCGAUGCGGAGCCCCAGAUCACCCGCUACGACACCAUCGUCGGCGACGGCGACUGCGGCGUCGGGCUCAAGCGCGGCGCCCAGGCUGUUCUCGACCUCCUCAACGACGCCUCUGCAAACCUCAACGACGAUAUCGUCCACACAGUUAAUCGCAUCGUCACCGUCGUUGAAAACACUAUGGACGGCACCUCUGGCGCCAUCUACGCCAUCUUCCUUAAUGCCCUUGUCCACGGCCUCCGUGAGCAAGACAAGGGUACCGAAACGCCUGCUGAUACCGACGUCUGGGGCACUGCGUUGAAAUACUCUAUCUCCGCGCUUGGGAAGUACACCCCUGCCCAGGUCGGUGACCGUACCAUGAUUGACGCCCUCGUACCGUUUGCGCAAACUCUAGCGGACAAGCGGGAUGUGCAUGCUGCUGCCAAGGCCGCGGAGGAGGGCACCGAGGCCACAAAGCACAUGAAGGCGUCGCUGGGGCGGGCGGUGUAUGUUGGAGGCGAGCAGGAAUGGGUUGGCAAGGUGCCGGAUCCAGGCGCCUACGGGCUCAGUGAGUUCUUUACUGGGCUGGCGGGCGCUCUAUAG